CCGGCUGCCGUAAACCUGGAGUGACAUGUCGCAAACCUCCUCCGAGCUGAUGUUGUUGUCGCCUCGCUAGCUGUGUGUGUUUUUCGGCGUGUCUACCGCCUGAAUGUCGUCGAAUAUUCACAUCGUUUUAGCACCAUGACGGAACAAGUCGUUGUCCUCACCAAAGUGUGACUCGGGUCGGGAGAAAGUGGCCGUGUUUGCCGCGGAAGGGGCCAGGACAUGACUUGAUGUGUCGCCAAAUAAGCUCCACUAUGGCGGCGGCUUACGACGCUGAAGGACACUCUGUGGUGGUGGAGGUGAGCCCUGACAUCCACAUCUGUGGCUUCUGCAAGCAACAGUUCAACAACUUCCAAGUGUUUGUGGCGCACAAGCAGACUGGAUGUUCUCGACAAAGCGUGAGGAGCACCUCAGCCGCCGCAGCAGCUUCCCCCCUGCCAGGCUCCAGCAUGGAGGUGGUCUUGGAGGAGACCUUCCAGACGUGUCUCCUGAGAGGGGUCAAGAAGAUCCUCACCAAACCGCAGAAGAUCAAGAAGCUGAAAGACUCGCUGACGUCCAAGAGGCACAGCUGCUGUUUCUCAGGCUGCAGCUUUAUGACGCAGUACGGCCAAAAGGACAUGGAGAGACACUUGAAAACACACACAGGCGAGAAGCCCUUUGAGUGCGAGCUGUGCCACAAGCGCUUCAGCCGGCGGGACAAGCUCAACAUGCACAGCCGCUCGCACACGGGCGAGAAGCCGCAUAAGUGCAAGCUGUGCACGUACGCCGCGGCCGACAGCAGCAGCCUGAAGAAGCACCUGAGGAUCCACUACGACGAGCGGCCCUUCAAGUGCCAGAUCUGCCCCUACGCCAGCCGCAACUCCAGCCAGCUCACCGUGCACCUCCGCUCGCACACCGGUGAUGCGCCCUUCCAGUGCCAGCAGUGCGACGCCAAGUUCAAGAUCAACUCUGACUUGAAGCGGCACGUCCGGGUCCACUCGGGGGAGAAGCCCUACAAGUGCGACCUGUGCGAGUACCGGUGCGCCAUGAAAGGUAACCUCAAGUCGCACGUUCAGAUCAAACACGCCACCGAGAACUCCUUCCACUGCGCGCACUGCGACUUUAAGUGCAGCAACAAGACGGCGCUGCGUCAGCACUCGCGCCAGCACCGGCCCGUUCAGCCCGUCCAGUGCCCCAAGUGCACGUACUCCUGCGCCAGCCGGGGGGCGCUCAAGGUCCACGAGAGGAUCCACUCCGAGGAGCGUCCGUUCAAAUGCGACUCCUGCGGCUACGCCUCCAAGCAGCGCAGCAACCUGGUCAUCCACAGGAGGCGCUUCCAUUCGGACGCGGCGGAGAAGGGCGGCGGGCGAGGGGGCGGCAAGAGGCCCGGCGACGACCCCCCCAUGCCGGUCAGCUCUCGGUACCGGGCCAAACUGGACGCCGCUCGAGCCUUCGGCUGUGACUUGUGCAGCGCUUCGUUUGUCAGGGAGGACUCGCUGAGGAGUCACAGGAAGCAGCACAGGGAAGUCCAACCCCCCCUGCAGGGCCAUGUCCAGGUGGACGCCCCGGUUCCCGCUGUGCCGCCUCAGGUGGAAGUCCCGGUACAGACGGACGCGUUGUCACAACUCAAAAUCAUCGUCUCUUCGGCGGAGAGUCCCAACAGGAUGGUUCUGUUGAGCCCGGAACACCAGGACCUGGUGGUGAACUCCAUGCUGCUGGCCCCCGGGCCACCCCAAAGCGCCGAGGCCACCUUCGUGCCCCAGACGGUCCUCUUGACGCCGCUGCACGCCACCGCUGACGAACCGCUGCACCAGGUCCACACGCUCCAACCCGCCGUCGUCACGCAGGACUCGGGCGCCGGCCCGCAGACCUUCAUCACCACCUGCGCAGAACUGGAGGACCUGAGCGCUUUGGUGCAGGAGGGCGGCACCGAGGUGACGGUGGUGACGGAAGGGAACGGCGCCGUGCUGACGACUACACCCGGGGGCGGCGGGGAGGGGCGAGGGCAGUGCCUUAGCAUGUGAGACACAAGCUAACCUUUUAGCCUAAACAUCUCCUUGGCCAGUAAACGCAGUCGUUCACUGGACUUGCAGUUCCUCGACUGUUCCACCAGGGUGCAGCAGGUGGCUGGGAGACAAUGACGCCACUCGGCUCAGCCUUGCAAGUAUUGAUUGCCUUCGUGAUGAAAAAGUCUCCUCCGGCGUGGAACGAAGCCGUGCACAAAGAUGCUCCACUCGCCAAAAAGCCAGCCUUUCUCUCCACGGAUUGAUUUUUCAAUAAAGUGCCCGUUUGGCUUCGAGCGUCCCGAGUCGCUCUCUUGACUUGAGCACUUAGCGCUUCUAAGACGUCAAGGCUGCACUUGAACGCCUCACUAUUGAUUUCUGGUCCGGCUUUUUAGCGCUAACUGCUCCCUGCAGGUGGACAGGGUUUAGUCCCGCAGGACUGCAAUCUAUUUGUGUCGCCAUGGGGGGGGCAUCUCAUUUGCAUAAGCGGAAUCAUGUCUUUGCUUCACCGACGCAGUGGGAACGCACCACGGUUCUGAUAAAGGUGCUGCUACAUGCACAUUGUUCAAAUAUUUAUUAUUAUUGUCAAGUCUAUAUAUAUUUAUAUAGCCCUUCGUCACAAAAAUCACUUGUCAUUUAGUCAAAUGUAGGAAAAUAAAUCAAUAACAGUAAGUUUUUCAUUGAAUUGGAAUGUUUUCACCUAUUUUUGUGUGAUGAACAGGAAUCCUAACGACGAGUGGAAGACUUUGUAGGUCGUGUAGAUAAAACCUGUUUUAGUUUAAACAGCAGCCAUUCGCCAAAGUGCUUGCAGGAGUUAAAGGCCAUCACUUUCUUCCGUCACCGAUGGAGACCCCUGGCGAGAAAAGCAAAAGGAAAUGAAAGUGAAAGUAAGCAUUUGUAUAUUUUAUGUAUAGCUUUGAAAUAUUUUUGUUUUGGACAUUCUUGAAGAGCUUUCACUUAAAUGUGCCGUUUACAGUUGGGAAUUCCAGUACUGUAAUUUGAUGUAGUUUGCCUUCAUUUACUUGUACAAUAAAAGACUUUUGGAAGGCAAAUAAAUGG